UUCCGGUUUGGAGCCUCAAAAGCAAAAACAAAAUAGCUUAUCAUGCCUCACCCACUUGAGAAAUUUUUUUAAUGAGCACCGAAGUUGGAAUGCACAUCAUUCAUUAUUUGCUUGAGUUUCAUUUUUUGCAAAUAACAACCAUUGCUCGUUUUGAAGAAAUUCCGUUCAACAUCUCUCUCUGAAUGAGUUUUAUCACCAUAACUUUCUUGGUCAUAUUCAUUCAUAUUAGUUUCCAUUUUCAUUCACCCAUUUAAUAAUUAAUAACACACUGCUUUUAAUUCUGCUUAUUGUUAAAUGUUGGGCACUUGCAUUAACAAUGGCAGCUUUCUUCAAUCUUUGAUCACCUUGUUCGAUCAUCCAAAACCAUUAUCAGUGCUUAAGCAAAUCCAUGGCGUUAUUAUAGCUUCUGGACUAUCGAAACACCAUCAAUUUGCAUCUAAACUCUUUUCAAUCUUUGCAGAUUUAGGCAACGUCAAUUACACUCAUCGUUUGUUGUUGCACAAUCCCAGUCCCUCGGUUGUCCAUUGGAACAGAGUCAUUAAGCUUUUCUCAGCUAGCCCAAUUCCAAAUAAAUCAAUUAAAGUUUUUUUGGAAAUGCAGCACUAUGGAAUCAUCCCUGAUCAUUACACAUUCCCUUUUAUAGUUAAGGCUUCGGCCCGCCUUGCUUCAAUUAAACAUGGAAUGUCGUUGCAUUCUCUAGUUUUGAAAUCUGGACAUGAAUUGGAUAUAUUUGUUCAGAAUUCUUUGAUUCAUAUGUAUACUUCUUGUAAGGAUAUAUUGAAUGCACGUAAAGUGUUUGAUGAAAUGCAGCAGAAAACUAUUGUGACAUGGAAUUCUAUGCUUGAUGGGUAUGCUAAGUGUGGGGAUUUAGUAAAGGCCCAUGAAAUUUUCAAGUCAAUGCCUGAUAAGGAUAUCGUGUCGUGGAGCUCUCUGAUUGAUGGGUAUGUUAAGAGUGGUGAUUAUGGAGAAGCUUUGAAGGUAUUUGAGAGGAUGAAGGUAGGAGGGAAACCUAAGGCGAAUGAGGUGACAAUGGUGAGUGUUUUGUGCGCGUGUUCACAUUUAGGAGCCCUUGAGCAAGGGAAAUCAAUGCAUCGUCAUAUAAUCAAGAAUAACCUGACCUUAAAUCUUAAGUUGCUCACUUCUGUUGUGGACAUGUAUGCAAAAUGUGGAGCAAUAGAGGAGGCCGUCGUUGUUUUUAGAAGUGUGCCAAAAGAUAAAACUGAUGUUUUCCUGUGGAAUGCCAUUAUUGGAGGGCUUGCAAGCCAUGGAUAUGUUCAGGAGGUGCUUAAUCUGUUUAUGGAAAUGUCAAUUAUCAGAAUUGUGCCCGAUGAAAUAACAUAUCUGUGUUUGUUAUCCGCUUGCGCUCAUAGAGGGUUGGUGAAACAAGCUUGGAAGUUUUUCGAAGAUCUUACGAGAAGUGGCAUGAAACCCAAGUCUGAGCAUUAUGCCUGUAUGAUAGAUGUUAUGGCAAGGGCAGGUCAGGUGGAAGAAGCUUAUGAUUUUCUGAACAGAAUGCCUUUGAAGCCAACGCCUUCAAUGUUGGGUGCGCUUCAUAGUGGUUGUAUGAGCCAUGGAAGAUUAGACCUUGCAGAGAUACUUGGGAAACAGCUUGUCGAAGUUGAUCCUCAUCAUGAUGGAAGAUAUGUGGGCUUGUCCAAUGUGUAUGCUGCUGUCAAGUGUUGGGAUGAUGCAAAAAUGAUGAGACAAGCUAUGGACAGUAUAGGGGUGAAGAAGUUCCCCGGUGCUAGCUACAUUGAAAUUUCAGGGGCUCUUGAAAUGUUUAUAGCACACGAUAAAAGACACCCGAAGUCAACUGAAGUCUAUAAGAUGGUAAAUUUUAUUUUGAGGCAAAUGAAGAAGGAUUCAAAUUGCGUUGAAUGUAGCAUUUUAUACUAGUUGAACUUACUGUAAUUUCUACUUUGCAGUAUUGUGUAUAGUAGAGUGUCCCUUAGUUCGAUCGAGCUGAAUAUUAGUUUCGGAUUAUACUGGACUAUAUUAAAUUGAUUCACUAAAUCUUGUGCAUAUCUAUUUAUGUGAAGUUGCACAUGAUGUUCGGUAACAGGGUCAAUCAGAAACAACCUCUUUGUUCAGUAUCAUCACUAGCAAGGGUAAGGUUUCUAGGUGGGAACCACUUGAUGGCCAUGGGCUGAAGAAAUGUUGCAGUUUAAGUUUUGGAGCCAGUUAAUUCAACUCUUGGUUAAUGAAGCCAUGAAUAUAUCUUCAAAUUAGUUCACUAAUGAGCAAUAUAGUUUCAUUUGAAAUUUUCUGUGCUAUAGAAGUAUUUGAUAAGGCUUAUUCUGCUUUACUGAUGCAUCUUUCCUGAAUGUACUGCUAUAGGUAGGUAGAGUUAUUAUGUAGUCACCAAAGCUCAGAGAAAAAACUUAAAUCCUAUGUUAAGAUGCUAUGAAGGCAGGAAAUGCAGGAUUUUUGGGCUUUAUAGAAACUAUACUGUCCAUCUUGCUUAUUUGGUGGAUAAUGUACUUUCAUAAAUCUGGUUUUUUCUGCCUUAUUCCGUAGAUUAUUCAUUGCGAUCACACUUUCCUUGUGCACGAAAUUGCAAUUUGUUUACGGCUGUUUUAGUCUUGACAUAGGCUAUCAGUGAAGGACUUGGUUCGAGUGAAGAAAAUUAUGAACUUAUAAGAGGAUGAGGAAAUACACAGGAUAAACCAUUAAAGUUAAGCUUGCACAGUUUAGCUCAUACAUAAGGCCACUUUCUCUUGUUAGACAGAUCCAAACGGUCGUCUCUAAAAACAAAAGCAUUGAGGAUUCAACCUUAGUCAUUCAUUCUUCGUCGAUUUGGAACAAGCAAUAUCGAUUUCUCGUUUCUGCUUUUUAAUUCCUGCUCAAAUUUUAAACCAAAACGAGUAUUUUCAACUAUAAUAUCCAAUAUUGAUGGACCUUUUCUCUGGGAAAAUGAAUAACAGGAUUUUUUAUGCUAAGAAUAUAACUUACUAAAGCAUUUCAAGAUUGGGCUUCUCCCAGCUGUGUGGAGCUGAAAGCAGAGUAUAUUGCUCUUACUAACACAAUUUGCGUCACAAAACUGUUUCCAUCCAAGCGUAAAUCUGGGUUGCCCACUUGAUAAGGGAGACAACUUCACUUUCCAAUGCCUCUCUUCUUGAUCCAAAAGCGUUACGUCACAUUUUCGGUUC